AUGAACGUCGAUGACAAAUCUUCUCGGUGUAUACAGAAGAUUGUUGAGACCGAGAGAGUAGAAAUAUUGAUGGAGAAUAGGCUGAUAGGGAGUGUGUUGCUUGACGUCAAAUUUCGCAGUGAAUGCUCGGCACGGGUGUUUAAUGAUCGGCAAGUAUUUGGAUGUCGAGGAGUUAAUGUCACUAAUGCAUGUCGAAUUAACAUGCCUGUAAGGGAUCGAGUAUCAGGUGAUUAUAGUGUCGCAAGUGCUGCUUCUCUCUCCAAAACUGGUAUUUUCCAAGAAUCUCUCGUUCCUGUUGCUUCGGGGGUUUCUUCUAACGCUUUUGACUCAGAGAGCAUCCUCUUUGAUCCGUCAUCUGUGACUCAGAUGAUGAGAACAAUUCGUGUCUCUGGGUAUCAAUUAUCACACCAACCAGAUCUGAAGCAACAGCAACAAGAAGUGCGAUACAUUCACACAGGUGCGAGUUACAUACCCCAAUACCCGGCUGGCCCAUUGCCAGUCUCAUCUUACUAUCCACUGUAUCAUCCACCACUGCAUCAGCAGCAUUGCCCUUAUCAGGCGAAUCAGUUGUAUCCAAUUUACUUGGUCCCAAUAAGGCCUUCACAAACUUACAAUAUGCCCACACAAGGUAAUUUAAUCUACACUGCAACUAUUGCUUCUGGUCGGUCCCCUUUGCAUCCCCCUAGUGCCAUGAUCACUUCCCCAGUAGUUGAUAAAGAGGUCACUGCAGCUCCACCAAUACCUGAACCAGCAGUUUCCAGGACAGCCCCAGCAGCAACACCACUUGUUAACGUACCUUCAAUCCAGAAUCAACAAUUAGUGAAUCCUCCAGAGUCUUACGAUUCCUCCCUGCUUGUUGCCACUGCUUCGGUGGCGGUGGCUAAUUACGACGAUGAAUUUGAUGAUGAUCUUACAUAUGCUCAGAUAUAUAAAAGUCAACCUCCAGCACCUGCAUUGCUGCCACAGUAUCAAACCAUGACAAAGACAGCAGUACUUUUAUCUGAGGCUUUGACAAAGCUUCACACAGACAACCUUAAGCAAUAGGUCGGAACCUAACAGCCGCAAUGAGGAACUUGGCUCGGAUGAAAGAAGUUUGGUAGGGAGUUUCUGUUUAUUUCACUAUAUAUGUAUUUUCAUCUAUUGGGUUUGGUUUUUGGGGUUUUCACUUUUUGCGAUGAAAUAAAAGGAAUCUUAUAUAUAUAUUUUUUGUCCUUUUCCUUAUAAGCUUUUCCUCACAUUAUGGUUUCAUGUAAUCGGCAAAACUGAAAUGUUUCAUAAUGU